UUUUGGCAACACGUGUUGCGCCAUAAUUACCGCAGCAGAGAACCUUGUGCGUGCGGUCUGAGGUCUGGGGUCUGGGGAGCAAAGUACACGUCAUCGGCGCGCGGGGCAGUCCUCUCUCUGGUUCUCGGUUGUCGGCACUCGAGCUGGUCGCCAUCACGAGAUAGUGCCAAAAAAUUUGUGAUUCAUUAGCCGGCGCGGGCUCCAAUACAUCGGUCGUUCGAGAAACAGCUGCUCCAAAAGUAUCUGUAUCUGUUUCUGCAACGCGGCAAAGUAUCUGACUUUCAAAUGGGCUACGAUGAGGCCAUUCUCAAGCUGGGCGACUUUGGCCGCUAUCAGAAGAUCAUCUACAUCCUCAUCUGCCUGACCUCCAUUCCAGUGGCAUUUCACAAGCUGGCCGGGGUCUUCCUCCUAGCCAAGCCGGAUUUCCGUUGUCUUCUGCCCUUUGAGGAGCAGAACGCCACCUACGAACUGCCCCUCCACUUGUGGAACCUAUCGUAUCCCCAGGGGCAGGUUUGUGAGUACUACGAUGUGGAGUAUUCACCGGAGUACCUCAACAACAGCGUUCCCAGGAGCAGCAACCAGACGACAGGGUGCUCCCGCUACGUGUACGACCAGAGCAAGUACCUCAACAGCGCCGUCACCGAGUGGAAUCUGGUGUGCAAACGUGGCUUCCUGGCCGCCUUCAGUGACUCACUUUUCAUGCUUGGCGUGCUCCUCGGAAGUAUUGUGUUCGGCCAGCUGAGCGAUAAGUACGGACGCAAGCCCAUCCUCUUCGCCUCGUUGGUCAUUCAAGUCCUGUUUGGAGUUCUCGCCGGAGUGGCGCCGGAGUACAUCACCUACACCGCGGCGCGUUUGAUGGUGGGGGCCACCACCUCGGGCGUGUUCCUCGUCGCCUACGUCAUUGCCAUGGAAAUGGUCGGUCCCGCCAAGCGCCUGUACGCCGGAAUAUUCGUGAUGAUGUUCUUUUCGGUGGGAUUUAUGUUGACCACUGCGUUUGCUUACUUUGUGCACGACUGGCGGUGGCUUCAGAUCGCCCUGACCCUGCCGGGACUUCUCUUCAUGUGCUACUAUUGGAUUAUCCCUGAGUCCGCCCGCUGGCUGCUCUCCAAGGGCCGGAAAGAAUGCGCCAUCGCCAAUAUGCAGAAGGCGGCCCGCUUCAACAAGGUGGAAAUCAGCAAUGAGGAGUUGGGCGCACUUCUGGACGAGGGAGAGACCGAAGAGGACAAGGCCAGGCAGAAGCUGGAUGAUCAGGAGCGGGACGAUAGUCCGCCCCCCUCGGUGUGGGAUCUCUUCUGUUAUCCGAAUCUAAGGCGCAAGACGCUGCUCAUCUUCCUGGACUGGCUGGUGUGCAGUGGCGUCUACUACGGACUCUCCUGGAACACCAACAAUCUCGGAGGCAACGUGCUGGUCAACUUUGUGAUAUCCGGCGCCGUGGAGAUACCAGCCUACAUCUUCUUGUUGCUAACCCUCAAUCGCUGGGGCAGGCGAUCCAUACAAUGUGGAUCUCUGGUCUUGGCGGGACUCAGCCUGUUGGCCACCGUGGUCGUCCCGGAGAAGAUGCACACUCUAGUUGUGUGCUGCGCCAUGCUGGGAAAACUGGCCAUCACAGCCUCCUACGGAACUGUAUAUAUUUUUUCAGCCGAGCAGUUCCCGACGGUGGUCAGAAAUGUGGCUCUGGGAGCAGCUUCGAUGGUGGCUCGAAUUAGUAGCAUGCUGGCGCCUUUCCUUAACUACCUGGCCACCAUUUGGACACCACUUCCGCUGCUCAUCUGCGGAUCGCUUUCCCUGGCGGCGGGAUUGCUCUCGCUGCUCCUCCCAGAGACGCACAACAAGCCCAUGCUGGAGACCAUAGCCGACGGGGAGCGUUUUGGCAAGAAGACCAAGGGCGAUGUCUAUCUGGAAACCGGCCGAGAGCUACGUCCUACACCAGAAACCCAACCACUCAAUGAACCAGCCGAAAACGGAACCAAAGCCAAUGGCCACAAGUUUUAGGAAGAAUCUAAAGGUCUAAGAUCACUUGAUUUUUUCCUAAAAGAAAAGCUUUGCUGUGGGGCAUUUAAGAUAGAAGAAGGACCAAGUAUUACAAAUAUCAUUUCUGAAAUCUCACAAUUUACCAAAAACGAAAAAAAUAAGACACAAAGACAAAGGAAAUGAAGAGUAGAAUGAGUAAAUAGAUCACAUUUAUAUUAGCAUUUAGACAGGAAGCAGUGGCCUUGUAAGAUGGUACAAUUUCAAAGGAUUAGGGGUGACUACACCUCCGGGAAAUGUCUGGAAAAUGAUCGCAACGGAUAUCCCAUCCAUGACGCUGCAUAAUGAAUUCCUACCUUUACUUCAAUUAAUUAUAUUUACAAUCAUAUUCCACUGAAAUGUUGAAAUAAAAUCUAUUAUA